UACUCCCACUUUUUUUUUUUUUUUUCUGUGUUUGGACAUUUCCAUUUUCAGUUGAUUUUUCAAUUUUUAUUUUAUGACCAUGAUCAUCUCGAUCUUCUCAUUUUGUUUGAUGAAAUGUCAUAUUUUUGAAUUUGGCCGCUCUGUUUUGGUUUUUAUUUCAACGAUUCAAAGCAAUUGGGGUUUCUAGUGAGACGCUUGAUGGGUUUUGAAUUUGACUAGAAAUGGAAUGGUAAUUUAGGGCUGAGCUGAUUGGAUUUGAUUUUAAUUAUUAUUAUUAUUAUUAUUUUUUUUUUGGGGUUUUGAGUGAUUAGAUUUGGAUGAAUGGGGAUUCAAACAAUGGGAAGUCAAAGUAAUGGGCUACAACAGUCACAUCUACUGCCGUCUAGACAAAACUCAUGGUACAGUUUAACUCUGAAUGAAGUUGAGAAUCAAUUAGGUAAUUUAGAGAAACCCUUGGGAAGUAUGAAUAUGGAUGAGCUUCUUAAGAAUGUAUGGACCACUGAGUCUGAUGAAAUUGAGAACACUUCAUCACCGUCUUGUCUGCAACAACGUCAGACGAGCCUCACGUUGGCCAGGGCGUUGAGUGGGAAGACAGUGGAUCAAGUUUGGAAGGAAAUUCAGCAAGGUUAUGAGAAGAGGUUUGGGAGUCAAAGGGAACCAUCACUUGGUGAAGUUACUUUGGAGGAUUUCUUGAUACAGGCAGCAUCAGUAAGUCCUUCCAUGGAAUUGGAUUCUCCUCAACCAAUGCCCAUGACCCCUUCAAUUCCUACCUUAUCAAACGCAGUAACGCCAACCCGAAAGAGAGAGGCUGAUGCAAUUGCGAUCGAGAAGAGUAUUGAGAGGAGGCUGAGGCGGAAGAUCAAAAACAGGGAAUCCGCUGCGCGUUCGCGAGCUAGGAAACAGGCCUAUCAUAAUGAGCUUGUUAGCAAGGUUUCACGUCUUGAAGAAGACAAUUUAAAGCUCAAGAAAGAGAAGGAAUUUGAGAAGAUGCUUGGAUCUGAAUCAUUAAGCCAACCAAAAUGCCAACUUCGUAGAACGAGUUCAGCUUCAUUCUGAUGUGAAACUGGCUUUAGAGCUUAGUAGUUCCUUAAAUGUUAGACUAGAGUAUUUGGGUAUGUAAGUGACCUGCUUCGGUAAUUUGUGAUCAAGCUGCCUGUUGCUUCUGCUGCUGAUGUGCUUCUUCCCCACAUACCGUUAGGGUCUGGUUUAUAUGUAAAUUUAUGAUUAUGCUGGAAAUCAAACACAAACAGCACCAAAUGUGCCAUGUUUAUAAGAUUAGGUACUGUUUGUUUGUUGGAAAACAUAAUCUAGAAAGAAUUAAGCCCAAGCUGUAAGUUAGGAAAUGGAAGAACUCUAAAGGUUUCACUUUCUUGCUA